AGACUUAUUGAAAUACUUGAAACACAAGAUUACUCAGCAGGGCAGCAGGAUUCCGGGUGGAGUGUUUUUGUUUUCUUUGGUGACUGGACGGAAAGUUAGAGCAAUACUGAAAUAGACAAUGAAGGGUGAAAUGGAAGUCAUAUGAGAUGAACUCAUACGAGACUGUUCAAAAUGUUAAGCGUGAAUUUGACAUUUUGAACGACAUUAAAAAAAAAAAAGUUUGCUUUCUUAUCUUAUAUAUUCAUCCAUGACUGCUGACGUCUGGAGUGUUCGGUGAGGCUUUCAAGCAACGGUUAUGUUUCCGAGUUAGUCGAAAAUUUGAAUUUCAAGCCUAGGUUGGGGUUUAAAACAAGAGUUCGGGUUUCAAAUUAAGGAAUCACACCAGGAUUGUUAACGAGGAUUAGGGUUUCAAUAAAAUGGUUGAAAUUGGUUAGGGUUUCAAGGCAAGAUAGUGGUUUCAAAGUAGCAUUUCAAAUUAGGGUUCCAAGCCUGAGUUAGAUUUUCAACCUCGGGUUUGCGUUUCAAACAAGGGUUAGGGUUUUAAAUGAAGGUCUCAAGCCAGGGAUAGAAUUUCAAAUUAGGUUUUGGAGGCAAGGGUAGAAUUUCACGCAAGAAUUACAAGCCUAGGUUAGGGUUUGAAGUUAGGGUUUCAAGCUUGGGUGUAAGGUUUCAAAGCAGGUUUAGGGUUUCAAAGUAGGAUGUAGGAAGGUUUCCUGAGAGGGUGUGAUGUGUACACGUUGAUGCAUCCAGCAGAUGAUGUCCUUACAGAGUGUUUGCGCAGGUUGUGGUGUGGACGAUUGCCCAAAAGUUGACCUUGGCGGUACUGGUCUUGUUGGCCAUUGCAGCGGCAACUGUGACGGCGCAGCGGCGGCGCGCGCAGGCUCGGACGCGGACGGCCGACGCGGACGAGUGGAACUACCGGGAUGGCUGGUCAGCACGAGGGGGGUGGCCAAGCUGACUCAGAUCCUGGACAACUGGCGCUUCGACAUACUCAACCAGAUGAAGGGACUCCUGCAGAAUGACCACCAGUCCCUGCUGCCCGACUACGCCAGGAUCCAGCCUCUAUCUGAGGCUCUGGGGGAUCUCUACAAGGAGUUUAACUCCCUGAAAGCUCAUCUGGGCGAGCUGACGGAGAAGUUCACCGCCAUGGAGACCUUCAUGGACGAGGUGAAGGCCAGCCGGGGAGGCAGCCGGCCCCAGACCCAGGCCUCGGCCCCCGUCCCCAGGCAGACGGGCAGGCGGGUGGUAAAAAAGAAGACCACCCCUGCGGCCGCCACCUCCUAA